GCUCCAGACUUAUUGGACCCUAAAUCCGCCACUCACAACACUAAGCCCCGCCUCUCCUUCUCCACAAAGCCAAUCACACUGACUCCUCGGGAGGAGAGUGAGGUGGUUGCCACGGUGAUGAAGUGGAAGACUGUGACGGCCAUCUUUCUUCUGGUGGUUCUGUACCUGGUGAUGGGAGCAGCAGUCUUCAGAUCCCUGGAGCAGCCUCACGAGAGUGCUCAGCGUUUGGCCAUCCUGUCCCAGAAGCUGGAGUUCCUGUCCAGACACUCCUGUGUCAACCAGAGCCAGCUAGAGGAACUGGUUAAGCAAGUUGUGUCUGCCAUCCGUUCAGGAGUGAACCCUGCAGGAACGCUGACCAGCCACAGCAGCCUGUGGGACCUGAGCUCGGCCUUCUUCUUUGCUGGGACGGUCAUCACUACCAUCGGUUUUGGGAACACGUCUCCCCACACUGAAGGCGGAAGAAUAUUCUGUAUCGUCUACGCGUUGUUAGGGAUACCUCUGUUCGGCUUCCUUUUGGCCGGUGUGGGAGAUCAGCUCGGCACCAUAUUCGGCAAAGGCAUUGCCAGAGUGGAGAAGAUGUUUGUGCACUGGGACAUCAGUCAGACAAAGAUCCGGGUCAUAUCCACGCUGCUCUUCGUGCUGUUUGGCUGCCUGCUGUUUGUGGCGCUCCCGGCCGCCAUCUUUAAGCACAUCGAGGGCUGGUCUGCUCUGGAGUCCCUUUACUUUGUGGUCAUCACCUUGACUACCAUUGGAUUUGGGGACUUUGUUGCAGGUGGGUCAGAAAUAGAAUACCUGGACUACUAUAAACCAGUUGUAUGGUUCUGGAUUCUGGUGGGACUGGCGUACUUUGCUGCGAUCCUCAGCAUGAUAGGAGACUGGCUCCGAGUCAUCUCCAAGAGGACGAAAGAGGAGGUCGGGGAGAUCCGAGCUCACGCUGCCGAGUGGACGGCUAACGUCUCUGCAGAGUUCAAAGAAACUCGCCGUCGUGUCAGCGUCGAGAUCUACGACAAGUUCCAGCGUGCCGCAUCAAUUAAACGCAAACUGUCGUCAGAGCUGGGGUUCAGCCCGGCGCCAGAGCUCACUCUGCCCAGGAGGACCGUGUCGGUCAAUUUCAACGACGAGCGGGACAAGAACGAGAAGGAAGCCGGGCUGCAGGGCUUGACGACGCCUCUGAGCAGAAACGGUGGUUUGUACAUGAACGGCUUGGACCCAGAGAGAGGAGAUAUCUCGAUUAUUGAACACCUCAAGUAG